AUCUGACAAUUCUGACAGUCGAUCGGUGUUGUUCGGUCGGGCGGUCGAGUCGAGUUUGCUGAGAUAAAAAUAAAAUAUGUUUCAAUGGUUUCAAAGUCUCCAGUCACGUAUUUGCGUUUGCAAAUACUUUAUUUAAUUAAUAAUAAUAAAUUUAUUUAAAGAUUAAAACACUCGUUUUGUGAUUUGUAGAUAUUGUGUAAUUUAUAAAUUCAAAAUGAAGCUGUUACAAAUAAUUACAUCGAGUAUUUACCAAAUCGUUGCAUUGAUUUUCUUUAUCGCAUUUCUUUUGGGUGUAUUAAAUAUUCAUUUUAGUGACAAAAAGAAUUACUGCGAAAUGAUUUACAUGUAUGAAUAUCCUCAAUUUGUGAAAAUAUCUUUGGAUGAAAAUAAAGAGUUUCCGCAAUAUGGUCUCUACGCCUAUAGCGAGGGAAGAUACACGGAACGCGCUAGAAAAAUGUGGUUUGAUGGUGUCCCGGUGUUAUAUUUGCCUGGUAACUCUGGGAGUCACAUGCAAGCUCGCUCUUUGGCCUCUGUAGCGCUGAGAAUGGCAUUGUCUAGAGGUUAUGAAUUCCACUUUGACUAUUUCACUAUAAGUUAUAAUGAAGAGUUAUCCGGUCUUUACGGAGGUGUGCUACAAAGGCAGACCAAGUUUGCAGCGGCCUGCAUCUCCAAAAUACUUAGCCUCUACAAGCCUAACAAGUACACUAAGUCUGUGCCUACAUCAGUCAUUGUGAUUGGUCAUUCAAUGGGGGGCCUCAUAGCCAAGCGUCUCCUCGCCUACCCAAGCACCAUAACAUCAACAAAUCUCUCCAUCACUCUAGCAGCGCCUCUAGCAGCCCCCACCAUAAACUUUGACUGGGAUAUGGAUAGCUUCUAUUCAGCCAUGGAGACAGAGUGGGAGAGCUUGAACAGUGACCUGAGUGUGAAAGAGACGAAGGUGUUGAUUAGCUUUGGUAGUGGUGCGAAGGAUUUGUUGAUACCGGCUGGGUUGACGGCCAGUAAUGAUAGUGAUGUUAGUGCUUUGACAACAUCUAUCCCAGAUGUAUGGGUUUCCACAGAACAUGUGACCAUAGUCUGGUGCAGACAGCUUGUCAUAACCAUCAAUAAGUUCCUGUUCUCGAUUGUAGACCCAGUGACUGAGCAACUAAUACCAGAUAAAAACGUGCAGAUGGCUAUGGCUAAACAGUAUUUUGUGGCCAACCGAUCGAUGUUUUUAAAUCCUGACGUGGUACAACCGAACGCAACGAUGCUAGCCGACGCAUUCUGGUACGAAGACAAUAGGAGGAUAUACCAGAUAUCAAGGCCGGAGAUUGACAAAAUGACCUACCUGAUGAUAAGACUGGUGAGCUUCCCGCAGAACCGCUUUGUCGCCAUCGAAUCAGUUAACUUGGACGACAAGGACUGGAUAUUUGGGUGCAACGCGCAGUACGCCUAUAACUCGUAUAGAUAUUGCAAACAAGGCACUUCCCUAUCAGAGCUCAGUCGCUGGACGGGCGCGGACACGAAUUUUGGCAAGCGAAAACUCGCCACAAUACAUCUCCACGAUUUGAUCGAGAAACAUCCUGAUUGGUCGCAUGUCGUCGUCAAAGUAUCGCCUACUAGGAGACCGGUAACCCUAAACGUCGACAUCAACGACCACGCCUCCCGCCAACUAACGGUCGACGUGCCCUCACACUUCUCCUUCACUCGCACCAUCAUAAAGCAGGACACCGAACCCCACAGCUUAUACUACGAAUUAAUACUGCCCGGCUUUAACGCUAUAUGGCAGGCGUAUUUACUUUACGUAGAACCCAUUGGGUGUAAAACGGAAUAUCACGUUUCUGCUGAGAUGCAAGUGCCUUGGGCCGAAAAUCAGGAGUACUAUCAUUAUUUCACGCAUCUAAAGAAAUCUCCGAUGAAACUGCGCUUGUACAAAACACAUCCCAAUGUGACUCGAGGGCAGGACGCGAUGGAUCACGUAAAAGUGGUGCUUUUAUUGGACCCUCAGUGCAAGUAUACCAUUAGCAUCGCGUCCUCCUGGUACCACGUGCUAGCCCAGUCCGUCCGCGCCUUCGCCCCGGUCCUAAUAACAUAUGUCGGCGGUGCCGUCUUACUCAUAGCUAAAAGUGUGCUCAUGAGUCUACAUAGUGUGGGCACGUGUUUGUCUAUACAUGGGGCGUUGAGGAGUGAUGAUUUGAAGCCAUACGCCCCACUGGUGUUCGUGAGGGUGCUGAUUACUUUGUUGAUGGCAUUCCCCAUCGGCAGUUACCUCCUGGACAACGCCAGCGCCCACAACUACGAGAUGCACUACUUCGUCCGCUCCAUCAUGGUGCUGGCCGCGUACUUCGUGGCCCUCGGGCUGCUCAACGUGGCGGCCGCGGGCGUGCUGUUCGUGAUGGUGUUCUCAUCCCAACUGGCGCAUAGAAUGCUGUUCAGGAUUUUGUGGAGAGGAGGCCAGGGGCUCGCUGAGAGGGUCGCCGUUGGACUACAGAAGGUACCCAUGGUAGUGAGCGCUACCCUCAUCACGCUGGCUCCCUUGUCUUGCGGCGCGGCCGCACUUGUCGCUGGCGGCGCUUUCUACGCAUUUAUGAUAUCCAAAAUGUACGAAGAAUACUUAGAAGACUAUUUCUACAAAUUAGCUGCCAAAUACGCAUCACGCUUCUGCCGCGCGUUUAGGAAGAAAAAUAAAAAGAAAGAUAAGACAGAAUCAGAUAUCGCUCUUGUCCCAAAAACAGAAACAGAAUCAAUUGUUGUAAAACCAGACGAUUCUGCUAAUACUUCUUUGAUACAGCGUAAAUCUAAUGCCAAAGAUAAAACAGAAGUUGAUAAAAUCCCAGAAGUUAGUGAAGAUACAAAAGAAGAUGACAGAACUGAUGAAAAUAAUGAAGUAGCUUUAAUAACUAAUAAAGAAGAAGAUGAUAAAGAAAGUGAUAAAAAAGAUAAAGAAAAUAACGAAUGUGACAACGAUGUAGAAGAUGGAGAAUUGUUGUUGAGUGAUAUAAACUUCCAUAUGAUGAUGUUCUUUUUGUGGGCAGCUGUGACUUUAGUGAAUGUUCCUGCUUUGUUGACGUGGGCGAGGAAUUUUAAAUACAGCAUGGCGCUCCAGCCAGACAAUUCAAGGUUCCCUGGAUUGAUUUUGUCCAUUUGCUCGACGUGUAUAUGGCAGAUGGACGGGCCGAGGAAAAACUUGAAAAACUACAAUUUCGUAGCAGGCGUAAUUUUCGUAGUGGCAGUAAUCGUUUUAACACUAGGACCACUAUCCCUGACCUACGUCAACUUCGGCGUGACGUUCGUAUUCGCACUCAUAACAGCACAACAACUCUUCGACACCGAAGAAAUCGACGAAGACUCCCUAUCCGACAGCCAAGACCCUUCACCAGACGCCGAAGUUAGUGACCACACCUCCAACGAAGACUCAGAUCAAGAAAAGUCCGAAAGUAAGGAAGAAGUUGGUGAAAAUGAAGGAAAAAACGAAUGUGAUCCUUGCAAUGAAAAUAGAAUAUAUAAUGUGUUUAAGAAUCUUAGAGAUAAGUUUAGCUUUAGCGAGGAAUGAAGCAACGAGACUGAGUGGGUUUUAUUUGUUUUAAUGACGUCAUUAUAGUGCGUACACACCAAGCAAACGACGAACAUGAUGGACAGAGCCCGGAAUUCUCGUAACAUUUUUGAGCAGUCUUAGGCACUUCUCGUUUAUCGACAUCCGAUUAUACAUGUGGAUAUCGAUAAAAACAGGAUACAAUAUGUAAAAUAUGAUUACGAGUAGAAGUAAACAUGCAGUCUUAUCGCGAAUGAGCGAUCUCUUCGAGAUAACCUUUGGAUACCAACUUUUAGGAAAUUAUAUUUUUUUUUGUAAUUAAAAUUUUAAAUAAAUAUUAUAGGACAUUCAUUAUUACACAAAUUGACUAAGUCCCACAGCAAGCUCAAUAAGGCUUGUGUUCAAAAGGGCUCUUCGAAAUAUGUCGUCACUACAACCGUAAAAUUAUAGUUCAUGUCAUCCACGAUAACGCCCAGAUUUGUCAAUUCUAACCUUUAAUAACAUGGCAAUACAAGUCAAGACACGCGUCUUCCUGAAUGACACAAUAUAUGUAGUAUUCGUUUGUUGUACGCAUUGUUGCUUGAAUAUAAAUGGGAAAUUUUGUGUGCUAGAAUAAAUGUGAUGUAAUGUUAAAAUUCUGUGAGAAAUAGCAGCUAUUGAGUGCUUUAAAUAACUUCAUUUCUUUGAGAUUAUGUUCAAUUUUUCAAGAAAAAUUAAUUGUAGAAGUAUUAUGCGAAGUCCAAUGUGAGUCCCGUACAAACGUAAAUUUUCUGGGGGUUGUAAAGUGUAUUCAUCCUUACGUGUCUUCACAGAUUAGAUAUAUGGUGUCUUAUCAUGUAAACAAACUUGACGUUCCAACAAUACGAUUCAUAGACAAUCUAGACUUCGUAAUGUCGUAUGAUCCGUUUGUUACUGCGAUUAAUGAUGAAAAUAUUAUUAGAAAUUAUAUUUUUCAGUGGUUAUUUGGUUAAUUUAAAUACUUUGUGAGUAUGUUUAAUUAUAAAACAACAUUUUAAGUGAUCAUUAUUGUGUAAUUCCAGAGAAAAGUGUGAUAAUGUCUUCGAGAAGUGUUGGUUUAAAGUAAGGUUUUUUUUUUCAAAACAAAAAUGCUCAAAUAAACUAAGUAACGCGCGUUUGUACAGUCAAGGUACUAAAUAUAGAUACGGACAAAGUGACAAAAAGAAGUACACAGUACCUUGAUAUAUAGGCAAUAAGGUCGUGUAUACAUAUUUUUGGCACUUUGACCAUAUCGAUAUUGUACGGGUCGUACAUCUGAGCUGAUAUGAUUCUUGAUGGUUGAUUGUAGUCUUGAUGGAAACACUGAUUUUGGUAUAUGUAUUUAUUGAUAACCAAGGUAGGUAUAUGAGUACUAGCUAGGAGCACGUAUAAACGUAAACUAAUUCAUAAAUCGAUGUAUGGCGUAAUCGCAAAUACAGCAAUUAUUAUAAAGUCAUUAUAUUUAAUUUUAACGCUGACGCGAGAAAUGUGCGAUGCUUGCAUUGUACAGAUAUUUAAUACCUCGACUGUACGGGACAGACCGAGGAUUGCUUUUGAACUUUGUUUAAUAAAAUGUUGUAUGUAAGGUGAUAUUUAUUUAAGUGUGACUCACGAAUAUUCUACUGAGGUUGAAAGUGACAUCUAAAGUACGUCUGAUGAAACUGAGGGAUCCAAAGAAAUGUAGGUAGUUUGAGAUAGUUAAUAUAUCUAUAUGUUCGCUAUGUUUGCUAUUUAUGGCAACUGCACGUUACGUCUCUUGUUUUUUAAUUAUUUUUCUGUAUUUCUGCUGUCGACUUCCGCAUUAAUAAGUUUAUUUACAAGGCUGCGUUUCCAAUAGUCUUCUAAUAGUUUCCAAUGUGCGAGGGAUAUCUCUGUUAGGAACCAGUAGAAUAUGGCCCACUGAAGCUGCGCUGAGUGAGAAAUAGAGGAUAGGUCAAUGAAGUGAUUCUAUUGAUUUUUAGAAACGCAGCCUUUGUAUUGUAUUGUAGCGUCUUUUGAGCGUCGGCGUCUAGUCAGGGGGCGUCUAGGGCGACCGCCUACGGCCUCGCGGUCCGAGGGACCUCGUGCCUUAAAUACGUAUAAUUUGGACGUAGCGUAGAAAAUUAUUCUUUAUUUCUUGCGCCACUAGAGGGCCUCGCUAAAUGUACCUUGCCCACACCAAAUUUUGGUCUUGCCCCGCCCAGUGGCGUAGCUAUUACGGGUGGCACCCGGUGCGGAAAUUGAGGGUGUCACCCCAAAAUUCAACCAAAGUUGUGAAAUAUAUAAAAUAAAUAGAAAUUUAUGUUUAAUAUUCCAUAGCUCAGAACUCUCAAUAGUCCUUACACCGGCGAUUGUACAAUCUACCACGGUUUUACGAAUUUUUAUAAGUGGCACUAGUAGGUAAUGUUCACGAGACUUCGGUCGGGGGUUCUAUGGAAAAUGGCGUCGCUGCGCAGUUGCGCUAACGUUGCGUCGAGCGGCAACCAUAGAGUUGAGUAGACGCCGACGCUCGGGUGACGCUAGUGUGGGGUGGCUCUUAAGCAUGGCGGUUGUUAUAAAUAAAAUGUUUUGCUGUGUGAUUGGUGCAUUGGGAUAAACGAAUUUAGAUGAAAUUAUUGGAAUUUCAAUAAUUUUAAAUUGUUAUAUAAAUGUUGUAUUCGAAAGUUAAUAGUAGUACAUUAAACUAUACAUCUGUAAAAUAUAAAAAAAUUAUCCAUGUUUAAAUCAACUUGUUGAAGGAAUUUUAUAUAGUAAAUGUAAUCAAUUUAAUGUUUAUUCCCAAUAAGCAGUAUUAACAUAACAUUCUGAAACUACAGUACAUUAAGUGCAUAUCAUGUUUUAGCAUUGAAUUAUUUUAACCUUUUGCCUUUUUAACGCCAAGAACUCCUAGAAAUAUACACCGUGUUUUUAUUGAAUUUCGUUAACUUCGGGGUAUCGGUAAGUACGUUUAAGGAAACUUUAUGGCAUAGUUAAUUUUCAAAAAAAAAAUUUUUUUUUUUACUAUUUUUUUUUUAUAAAAAGUAACUGAAUGUUGCAUAUAGCGUUGUUGUAACACGGGUAUUACAUUUAAAUCAACGAAACAAUUGAAAACUGUGACAUAUCAAUGUCAUUUCGAACGUCAAUCGUCCGAGAUAGUACUUACGUUUAGUAGCAAAUGUAUGAACUCGCACUAAACACUAAUCAAUAAGUAAACAGGCCCUAAGGCAAGUGUACACGCUCGUAAGGGCCUUAUUAGAUAAAAAUUAAUGAUUGAUUAUCUCCGAAAUGAAGUUAAUUAGAAUAUCGGUGUCUUUGAGAAAGUUACUUAAUUUAAGCUCAGGAAUGCACCCUCGAAAUUAACGCAAAUCAAAAAAAACACGGUGUAUACUUACGCAGGGACAACUGUUAAGUGUCAUGGCGUACCUACUUUGUCAAGUAAGGUUUACAUUAGCUCGCUUGCGCUCUGGACUUUGGCGUGUCAGUUACGUUUUUGUUUAUGCGUCUGUAUUAUUAUUUAAAGCGUCUGAAAUAUUAAUGGGUAUGAGUAAAAUCCUAUGUUGAUGGAGCCAUAACACGAAAAAUUUAUUGAAUGAAUAUUGCCAAUUUUGGUGGUUUCUGUGUAACAUCUGGUUCACAUUUUCCAUGAUGAAACUUGGCAGUCAAAGACCACCAACCAAAAAAAGAAAUUGAUUAUAACAGAGAAGUAAAGUCUAAGGAAAAAAACGUGCUCCUUAUUUUGACAUCCAAAACAGAUGGCGCUGUACUGCGCCAUCUCUUUUACCUGUCAAAUUUGAAGCACUAAAUUGUAGAUUUACACAUCUUACUCAAUCAAUGUAUCUUUGAUUUUACCAAUUAUUAUUUAUAGUAUUUUUAAUGCAAACAUAGGGUAUGUAAGACGAUGAAGAACUUUGGUGUUAGCAAAGCUAUUGCCUUCAGUUGAUAUUGGAACUGUAAAAAAAAAAUUGAAUUUGUAAUUUUUUGGUAUUUUUUUAAUAAUAUUACUUUAUGGUUAAUACAGAAAUAAAUAAAUAAAAUUGAAAUUGCUCACUAGUA